CAUGAAUGGCGGUGCUCACCUUGGUCACGUGACCUGCGUUGGCCUGCCCGUGACGUCACCGGUGUUGUCCGUGUAGCUGAUCAGCUGAUCACACUGAGGAGACGGGGCGCUGAGAGAAGACGCUUUAAUUCAUAUUAUAUCACUACACUGUGUUCUCUGGUGGUGGUGUUUACGCUAACCUAACAUCAUGGGGGAGCUGUUCCGCAGCGAGGAGAUGACUCUGGCCCAGCUCUUUCUGCAGUCCGAGUCUGCCUACUGCUGUGUCAGCGAGCUCGGGGAGAUUGGCAUGGUGCAAUUCAGAGACCUGAAUCCUGAUGUGAACAUCUUCCAGAGGAAGUUCGUAAAUGAGGUGCGUCGUUGUGAAGAGAUGGACCGCAAGCUGAGGUUUGUUGAGAAGGAGAUAAAGAAGGCCGAUAUACCCAUCGUGGACACAGGAGAGAACCCAGAGGUUCCUUUUCCUCGAGACAUGAUUGACUUGGAGGCCACGUUUGAGAAGCUGGAGAUCGAGCUGAAAGAGAUCAACACUAACCAGGAAGCCCUGAAGAAGAACUUUCUGGAACUGACCGAGCUCAAACACAUCCUCAGACGCACGCAGCAGUUCUUUGAUGAGAUGGAGGACCCUGCUCUACUAGAGGAAUCGUCCAUUCUGCUGGACCCGACUGAGGUUAUCCGAGCUCCUCUCAGGCUUGGCUUUGUAGCAGGCGUGAUUGGUCGAGAGAGGAUUCCCACCUUUGAGAGGAUGUUGUGGAGAGUUUGUCGAGGCAACGUGUUCCUGCGCCAAGCAGACAUCGAGGACACCCUGGAGGACCCGACUACAGGUGACCAGGUGCACAAAUCGGUCUUCAUCAUCUUCUUCCAGGGAGAUCAGCUGAAGAAUAGAGUGAAGAAGAUCUGUGAAGGGUUUCGGGCUACGCUGUACCCCUGCCCUGAGACGCCACAAGAGAGAAAGGAAAUGGCUGCAGGAGUCAACACUCGUAUUGAUGAUCUCCAAAUGGUGCUGAAUCAGACGGAGGAUCACAGACAGCGCGUCCUGCAAGCCGCUGCUAAGACGCUGCGUGUGUGGUUUAUUAAAGUGAGGAAGAUGAAGGCCAUCUACCACACGCUAAACCUCUGCAACAUCGAUGUCACCCAGAAGUGUCUGAUUGCUGAAAUCUGGUGUCCCUUGUCUGACCUGGACUCCAUUCAGCUCGCUCUGCGGAGAGGCACGGAGAAAAGUGGUUCCACCGUUCCCUCCAUCCUGAACAGGAUGCAGACCAAACAGACCCCACCCACCUAUAACAAGACCAACAAGUUCACCUCCGGGUUUCAGAACAUCGUGGAUGCGUACGGCAUCGGCAGCUACCGUGAAAUAAACCCAGCUCCCUACACUAUCAUCACCUUCCCCUUCCUGUUUGCCGUCAUGUUUGGGGAUCUGGGCCAUGGCUUGCUGAUGACCUGCGCCGCUCUUUAUCUGGUCCUGCGAGAGAGUCGGCUCAGUGCCCAGAAAAAUGACAAUGAGAUGUUCAGCAUGGUGUUUGCAGGGCGCUACAUCAUACUACUGAUGGGGCUUUUCUCCGUCUACACCGGGAUCAUCUAUAACGAUUGCUUUUCCAAGUCGCUCAACGUCUUCGGCUCCAGCUGGAGCGUCCGGCCCAUGUUCACGACGGACGGCAAAGGCAACUGGACGUUUGACAUUCUGAAGGAGAACACGUUGCUGCAGUUGGACCCGGCCGUUCCAGGAGUGUUCAGGGGACCCUACCCCAUCGGCAUCGACCCGAUCUGGAACUUGGCCAGCAACAAGCUGACCUUCUUGAACUCCUAUAAGAUGAAGAUGUCUAUAAUCUUAGGAGUUACUCAGAUGCUCUUUGGGGUCAUGCUCAGCCUCUUCAAUCACAUCUACUUUAAGAAGCCUCUGAACAUCUGGCUGGGCUUCAUCCCUGAGAUCAUCUUCAUGAGCAGCCUGUUCGGUUACCUGGUGCUGCUCAUCUUCUACAAGUGGACCGCAUACGACGCUUCAACCUCCAAGGAAGCUCCCAGCCUCCUCAUCGCCUUCAUCAACAUGUUCCUCUUCAACUAUAACGACCCUACUAUCAAACCGCUAUACAGAGGACAGGUGGUGAUCCAGUGCCUGUUGGUGGUCAUCGCUCUAUUAUGCGUGCCCUGUAUGCUUAUAGUAAAGACGGUGGUUCUGCGCAGACAGUACCUCUGGAGGAAGCACCUCGGCACUCAGAACUUUGGGGGGAUCCGGGUGGGCAACGGCCCUACAGACGACGAAGCCGAGAUCAUCCAGCAUGAUCAGCUUUCCCAGAACUUAGACGAAGAGCCAGAGCAGUCAGAAGAGGAAGUGUUUAAUUUAGCAGAUGUAGCAGUGCAUCAGGCCAUUCACACUAUAGAGUACUGCUUAGGCUGCAUCUCAAACACAGCCUCCUACUUACGCCUGUGGGCCCUGAGCCUAGCCCACGCACAGCUGUCGGAGGUCUUGUGGUCCAUGGUGAUGCGCGUCGGGCUCUUCUCCAGAAAUUUCGCCGGCUUCUUCGGCCUAUUUUUCAUUUUCGCUAUCUUCGCCACACUAACGGUGUGCAUCUUACUGAUAAUGGAGGGUCUGUCUGCCUUCCUGCACGCACUCAGAUUGCACUGGGUGGAGUUUCAGACUAAGUUCUACACAGGUCAGGGCUUCAAAUUCAUGCCUUUUACCUUCGACGGCAUCCUGGAGGGAAAGUUUGAAGACUGAACAACCUCUGCCUUCUUCUCAGCAAUCCUCCUCCAUCACCUCGCUCCCCCAAAUCUACCGCUUUAAAGCGCCAGUCAGAGUAGCAGGCAGUAAUGAGAAGUAGAGAUGUGAUGUGAGCUCCAUCAUUUACACACACACACACACAUAAAUAUAUAUAUAUCAGGUGAUAAAGAAUCACAGGCGCCGCGUUAUCAUGUAUCACUUUACUUCUGCUGUCAUAUUUAAAUUCCGUAAUUUAUGAUUGAUUUCUACGAUGCGCCUCAUCUUCAUAAAUAAGCUAACGCAAAGAAGAAUCGAAGGAAUAUUUAAAGCAGUCAUGUGACAUGGUUGCGGUUGUCUCGUAUAUGCAGUACACCAUGCUGACUUACUGUGUUCGUCUGAUACCGUGUUUCUCUCAAGUCACUGUUGUGUUUAUUGUGUGCUUCCUCAUCUGAUCUCGUAACUAGUCCCACCUCUUCCUCUUCCUAUUCCUUUUUUUGUCUUUCGUUCAAAGGGACUCCGCAAAGCCCUUCGAAUUUAAUUCAUGUAUAUUUACCUCUGUUUACAUUCUAUUAUUUAAAUAUAUCUAUCUAUAUAUAUAUAUAUAUCUAUAUAUAUAUAUCUAUAAAUAUAUAUAUAUAUAUAUAUAUAUAUAUAGAUAGAUAGAUAGAUAGAUAGAUAGAUAGAUAUAUUUAAAUAUAUGUGAUUAAUAUAUUAUAAUAUUUUUGUGAUUUUUUUUUUUCUUUUUUCCCAUGCAGUACAUAUCAGAACUUGGUAAUCCACUCGUAUAUCAUAAAGGCGGAGCUUUUCGUGAUUGGUCGAAUAUCAGGAAAUGUCACACUACACCUGUUUUAGUUGAUAACUAAUGGAUAUACACAGUCUCUGUUUCACCGCUCAUCUUUAGUCUUGGUGUUUGUUUGUCAUUGCAGUUUAGGGGCUCUCGCAGUAAGGAAGAGAAAUCACUUUUAAUAAGUUAACGACUUAAAUCAGAUGUGUCACUGUGUCUCAUUUUGGUGUGUUUUUGUUUGUUUGUUUUGGACAAACCAAGUGUCGGGGCUCUCGGGGGCGGAGCUGAAAAGCAGUAGCAAAUUUUACGACGGACAAAGAUUAGGAUGUUUUGUGUAUGUGACAAUAAAAGGCGAGGCUGGGAAA